ACACUUGCUGACUCGCAGGGUCCAGUGGGAUUCGAGACCGUCUGUUCGCACAAAGACCAGAAGACCCCUGUCCAAGAUCGCUCCCUCAGGAAACCGACCCCCCCCACCACCCCCUAUCGGUCUCACCCAUACAUAAGUCUCUAGGGACAAGCACCCUCACAGAUACUUCCCCCCCGUCCCAUUAUCGUGUAUAUAUAUAGACUAUGACAGAUAUCACAGAAGCUGCCGCAAAGAAACUGCGGGUGCCCGAACUAAAGACAGAGCUGGCAAAGUUCAACCUCCCCACAACUGGAAGGAAGGAAGAUCUCCUCGCCCGACUUUUGGAGCACCUCGCGAAAUCGAGUGGGGGUUCCACAGCACCAUCUGGGACUACUACCACCACAACCACCGCAUCUUCCAAGAUCAGUAACACUCCCGUCAAGAGUGACUCUAUCCGGAUGCCAACGAUGACUACUGCCACGCCUCUUUCGGCCAAAUCCCCCACGGGCGCGCCAACUAUCACGGGUCCGGACGGGCAACACGCGCCACCAGCUGGUGAUAAGGCUGCAAUGACGGAAGAAGAGCGGCGAAUAGCUAGGGCAAAGCGAUUUGGAAUACCUGUCGAACCGGCUGCCCCUGCAGACGCAAAGACGACAACGACGGCAGGACCAAAGCAAGCUGCCGCUGCGAAACCUGCCAAAGAGGUUGCGAAACCCGCUAGGCCAGCAUCAGGCUCCAAGGCUCAGGCUCCAGCUGCGGCACUACCACCGGUUAAGCUCGACCCGGCAGUGCUCAAAAAGCGUCAAGAGAAAUUCGGAAUCGUGAAUGAAGAUCUCCCUAAACUCAUUGCCAAAGCAGAAGAGGAAGAGAAGAAGAGGAAACGCGCGGAACGAUUUGGAAAUCCUGUUCCUGAGCCUACCGGUGAACCCAAGAAACAAAAGGUCUAGAGAAAAAGAAUGUAUGAUUAACUUUGUGAUGCCUCUGUGGUGUUCCGUCGAUGCUUUCUAUAGCCAUGUCCCCUUUGAGCCGCCCUGCCUUCAAUUGGUUCCGAGCCAUUAUGGGCAUCGAAAUGGACGACAAUUCAGGAGCCGAGGGCUUCAUGUGUUUUACAUAUGGUUAGGUGGUUUUUAGCACCUGGCGCUGAGUAGGGUUCGAGCGUGCGGAUAUGGAUUCUCGUACAUUUUAUGGGCUUGGAACAAAUAUACCGUAUUCCAAAC